ACUGGCUUUAUACGUAAAGGUUGGGAUAGAGAGAGAGAGAGAAAGAGAGUCCAUUUUUACAGCCACGAACUUCACCGCCGGCACCGUUGAAGACCUGAAGUAGAGGCAGAUAACACAACGCUUAUAGUCAUAGAUAGUUUGGUACCUACUGGACUGGUUUUCUAACGGCAGAGGAUAUGCUUAAUAGGUUUAGCAAGCGUUGCUUUUGCACUGUUUCUCCUCGCCCAUGGCUUUUUGUAGGGUUAGGCAACCCUGGCGACAAGUACAAAGGAACUAGACAUAAUGUUGGCUUUGAGAUGAUUGAUGCAUUUGCGGAGUCACAGGGGAUUCCUAUGGACACAGUUCAUUCCAAAGCCAUCUUUGGAAAAGGUUUUGUUGGUGAAGUUCCUGUUUUCCUUGCAAAGCCUCAAACUUAUAUGAAUCUGAGUGGUGAAUCGGCAGGACCAUUGGCUGCUUAUUACAAACUACCUCUUAAUCAUGUGCUCGUGUUCCAUGAUGACAUGAACUUGCCAUGUGGGGUGCUUCGUCUCCACGACAAAGGGGGUCAUGGAAGCCACAAAGGGCUGAAGAGUGUGAUCUGUCACUUCAGAGGAAAUAGAGAAUUUCCUCGGCUAAGAAUUGGGAUUGGGAAGCCUCCUGGGCAAAUGGAUCCUAAAGCAUUUUUGCUUCAAAAGUUUAAUGUAACAGCUAGGCAACGAAUUGACGAGGCCUUGCAAGAAGGGGUUGAUGCCUUGAAGAUCGUUUUAUCUAAAGGUUUGGCAGAGAGUGCAAAAAGGUUCAACAAAGAGCAAAAGUAUAAGCACUUAAGAGUGCAGACAUUACCAGUUUGAUAGGAUUCAAUGAUGGCAAGUUGCAUUUUAAGUAUGAUUAGUUCUUCGCUUUUUAGGUUGCAAUAGAUUGCCUGAAUGAAUACCUAUGGAUGUGUAAAACUUAACGAUGGGAAAUGGGCUGAAUUUUGUAAACAUUAC